UUUUUUUUUUUUUUUUUUCCUAAGGGGUGGAAAGGACCUCGCGAAAUAAAAGUGCAGAAACAAGCCGGUGGCUCCCAGAGCGGCCGGGGCGGGCGCGGCGGGAGCCCCCAACGCAGCGCAGCGCGGAACCGAGCGCGGAGCCCACCUGCCCCCGGGAGUCAGCACCGCCCGGCUCCUCGCUCCGCACCUUUUCCCCCCGCGUACUGAGAUCUUUGAAACUUUGAUCCAUAUAGCUUUUUUUUUUUUUUUUUUUCUUUCUCCCUCCCCUCUAUUUUUCCUCCAGGACUUUUCCACCGCCUUGGGACACCCGCAAACUUCUCCCUCGCUCCCCCCUUCCCUCCCGCCCCUCUUUUGCUGGUGGUUUUGUGCUUGUUUUGUUUUUGUUUUGCCCCCCUUUUUUUUUUUUUUUUUUUUUUUUUUUUUUUUUUUUUUUUUUUUUUCAAAUUGUUGGAAGACCCGCCUGCCUUUCGCCUCCCGUGCCCCACCGGAGAGGCCGGGAGCGGCUCCGGCAGGGCGGGCAGCACCUCCCCGGCGCACCGCGUGUGAGCCCGGCGGCCCGGCCCGGCUCGGCUCGGCUCGGCCCGGCUCGGCUCGGCUCGGCUCGGCCCGGCCCGGCUCGGCACGGCUCGGCUCGGGCGCUCGCCCCCGAUAAUGCAGAGCUACAAGUACGAUAAGGCGAUCCCGCCGGAGAGCAAGAAUGGGGGCAGCCCGGCGCUGAACAACAACCCGGCCAAGAGCAGCAGCAAGAAAGCCCUGCUCAUCUGCCUCGACUUCCUCUGCCUCGUCAUGGCUGGGUUGCCCUUCCUCAUCAUUGAAACGAGCACAAUCCAGCCCUACCAGCGGGGCUUCUACUGUGACGAUGACAGCAUCAGGUACCCGCUGAAGACGAUGGAGACGAUCAACGACGCGGUGCUGUGUGCUGCGGGCAUCCUCAUCGCCAUCCUCGCUAUUAUAACGGGAGAGCUCUACCGCAUCCACUACCUGAAGGAGAAAUCGCGCUCCUUUAUCCAGAACCCCUACGUGGCAGCACUCUACAAGCAGGUGGGCUGCUUUGUUUUCGGCUGUGCCAUCAGCCAGUCCUUCACAGACAUUGCCAAAGUGUCCGUCGGGCGCUUGCGGCCGCAUUUCCUGGAAGUUUGCGAUUUGGAUUUCUCCACCAUCAACUGCGCUAAGGGAGUUUACAUCCAAAACUACACCUGCAGGGGAAGCGACAGCAAGGUCCAGGAAGCCAGGAAAUCCUUCUUCUCCGGACACGCGUCCUUCUCCCUCUACACCAUGCUGUAUUUGGUGUUUUAUCUGCAGGCCAGAUUCACGUGGAAGGGAGCCCGCCUGCUCCGUCCCCUCCUCCAGUUCACCCUCAUCAUGAUGGCGUUUUACACCGGCCUGUCCCGCGUGUCGGACCACAAGCAUCACCCCACCGACGUGCUGGCGGGCUUUGCGCAGGGGGCCCUGGUGGCUUACUGCGUGGUGUUUUACGUCUCAGAUCUCUUCAAGCCCAAGACAAAGACUUGCCUGCCUCCACCACCCAUCCGGAAAGAGAUCCUUUCACCUGUGGACAUCAUUGAGCGGAAUAACCAUCACAACAUGGUGUAGACCUUUGAGAAAUUGGAUGGGUGUUGUAUUUUAUUUUAGAUUUAUUAUUUUUUUUUUUUUUGCAAAAAAAGACUGCUGACAGCAACUACCUGCUGCUCUCAAAUCUCAUCAGACAGUAGAAUGUAGGGAGAGACUUUCUUGCCCGACAGUAAAGUCUUACUCUGUGGUCUUUUCAACUUGUGACAUUUGGAUGAAAGGGGUGGUGGUCGACUAAGUCAAAAGUGACAAUGAGAAAGAAAAGAAACAAAAUACAAAAGCCGAACAGAGAGAGGUGCCGGAGUUCUGGAUGUGCAAUUGGUUUGAGUGUUCAUGUUGUAGUGAACGCCAAAUUGUUCAUAGCCUAAUGAACACUAAGGGAUUUUCGGAAAGCUGGCCAUCUUAGGCUUUUUUACUAUGAAGAUUUCCAAUGCCUGCGAGGAGAGAGAAAAAAAAAAAAAAAAAAGACAACUCACGAUUAAAUUGUAUAGCACUAUAUAUGAGAAACAGCACUGAGUCAAGAUCUGGGAUUGGUUUCUAAGAGUUGCUUUUUCUCUUUUUGAUACUAGUUUAUUUUUGCCUCCUCUAUUCCAUACUGUGACUUAGUUUAGAAGAAGCUUGCCCAGUCAAAGAUCUCCGAAGGGUCUCUGUUCACACUACACGCCUUUAACGAGCAGUCCUGAGAUGCGCCGUGAGGCUGAAUAACUCCAUCCUCCGCGCAGAGAAGCCACAUUUCUUCCUCUCCGCUCACUCCCUGCCGAGGCUUUGUCCUGUCUGAGCCCCCAGGCGUGUGCAGCACCCACAAAUGGCCCUUCCUGAAAAGAGCAUCCUCUGCUUCCCCCAGCCCCUUACCCCCUCACACGGAAAAAAUUCACAGCAGAUUCCCUGUGCACCCACGGUAGCUGGCGGUUUGCACGUGGGUAGCGGCGGCUCUGCCGAAGACGCGUUCGCACUACGUCCUCGGGGCUGAGUCCCGGGGAAACUUUUACUCUGCAGUUUCGGGACGGGCUGCUGGGCGGCACGUCCCAGCCUGGGUGUCAGUUGGUUUGUGCAUCCCCCCUCCCCUCCUCCUCCUCCUCCCUUGGGCACCCCGGUGUGUGCCACGGCAGGUACCAGGUCCUGUGCUCCGCUCGGUGACACCUAUAUUGAGUGUGAUUUGGUUUUUGUUUUUUGGGGUUUUUUUGUUUUGAUUUUUUUUUGUUGUUUGGUUUGUUUUGUUUUGUUUUUUUUUAAUUUUUAUUUUUUUGCCCGGAAACCACAGGUUCUUGGUUUGCAGCCCUUUCACAGAGCGCGUUUGCAAAGGGAUCCCGUAAAGCAUGCAGAACGGCCAUUUGCACAUCCUUCUUACAGAAUCCGUCCUAUCAUUUCAACUAUAGCAAGCUAUGAUUUUUUUUAUAUAUAAAUAUUAUAUAAAUAAUGUAUAAAACCUUAAAAAUUAACUAUGUAAAAUAUUAUUUCUGAAACAAUUUUAGAUAUAUCCACUAUGACUAUAAACUGUGUCCUGACCUGUGUUAUUUACAUUUUGCUGCUUAAAAAAGCAUUGAAUUAAUUUUUUUAUAGUCGACUAAAAUAUUGUAGUUCUGUGGUAGUAAUAUUUUAAUGAAAAUAACUACAAUUAGAGACAUUUGUAUAAAAAAAAACAUAUUAAAUUGUCUGUAUUUUUGUAAUGUUCCAUUUUGUAAAGAGAAGAAUAUUCAAAGACUUUUGUAGAAUACAAAAUUGAAGUUUGUAUCUGCGAAAUUAUUGCUGUAUAAAUGUGCUUUUUAAAUAAAAGCUCAUAACACAACUAAA